ACUUGAUAAUUGUGCAAUGGUCUAGUUGUCCGAAAAUUAUGUUCUUCAUCUCUUAGUAUUUUGUACUCUCUUGUUCUUUUCUUGCUAAUGUUUGUGUAAACAGUUCGUGUGAUAGUUUCAUUAUGGAUCUCAUGUUAUUUUUCUUAAGUGCGUUGAAUAAUUUCAGGAUGUUUUACGAUAACUUGAAGACUCGUCAACUGAACAUUUAAGCCUGACUUGCUACACUUUCAUUUCUUCAUUAUGGCAAGUUCUGACGGGAAAUGUUCCAUGGAGGAUUAUUCCUGCUCUGAGCCACCUCUUAAAGAUUUCAACUUCUGUAAGAAGCACAUUUUGCAAGACAAAGCAGCUCCAUUUCAACCAUGCAGUUACAUUUACCCUACAAGUAAUAAGCGUUGCACUCAGCCAGCACAACGAUGCGAUAAAGGGUUGUGCGAGGGGCAUAGCAGUCAAGAAAGGAUGACGAAUCUGAGAACAGUGCGACCAAAAGCACCACCUAGCUCAAUGGAAACUCUAUUCCUAUCCCUUGCUCACUAUUCAAACAAAGAUAACCUUAGUUCUUGCAGCUCGGAUACUAGGUCUGCUGAAGAAGAUGAAGAGUUCCAAGAUUCCAUGCCGGACGAUUCCGAAUCCUCUCUGAAACAGAACUGUCUAAAUCCAUUUGUGGACUUGGAUGCAAGUUCAAUAAAUGCCCAAGUGAGCAAAGUGCUAGACUACGCUAGUGACUCUGACUCCGAUGUGGAAACUGCACACCUCAAUCCUCCUUGGUUUGAUGCCAACUCAAACACUUCACCGGGUACGGAAAGUCUAGAAAGUUUUGAAGAUGAGCCACUGAGGCAUGCAGGUGUCUACACCGAAGAAGAAAUCAUUGAAAUCACACGAGGGAAAAUGAUAAACUUACAGGCUCUAUACAUGGAACAGCUGAAAAGACUCCAAUAUGUGUUCAGAGAAAAAAGGAGAGAAUUUUUGCACGAUUUGAAGAAGGAGAAAGAAGUUUUCAUGAACAUCCACUCUCAACCAAGAUUGACUCUAAAAGAAGAGCAAAUCUAUCAGAAACUGAAAGCCCUAAAUAGAUAUCAGAAGCAUAGUGGUAUUGAGGCCAUCCUGCGCAAGAAAUCGAUAGAAAGACGUGUCAAAGCCGCCAAUGGUGUUCAAAUGAGAGGAGCGCAUGGAUCCAAAUGUAUAUUCACUGAGGGUGGAGUUAAGUGUGCCCUAAAAGUUUUACCGUUAUCAAAGUAUUGCCGCAAACAUAUUAUAGAGGAUCCAAACCAGGUUUUGUUCAAAGUUUGCGGCCUUACAAAGGCUGAUAUUCCGUGCCGUGAACCAAUUGCAGUUUUAUUUGAAAGAUCCACAUGCAUUUUCCAUAUGAGUCUUCCGGCUUUACCUCAUCUCAAUGUAGACAAUUCUAACGGAACCAAGGCAGACUGCAAAGAAGAUUUUGAUAGUAAAUUAUCCCCUGUAAAGCGUUUAAAAGAAGAAAAAUCAGUUGCAAAAACGCAACUACAGCGUGUGUUAGAAGGCGAGACCUAUUCAGCCAUUUCAGCACCCGCGCCAAAACACGUUCCCUCAGAGCAGUCUAUGUCACAGCACAGCUGCAGUCGGUCGCAUGCCAAAUCCUGCUCGGACGUGGACAUCGACUCGAAACAGACCCUCCGAAGUAUCCUAGAGGCACCGAGCCUUCAUCAAGAACUGUCGUCAAGAAGUGAGCUGAGCUCCCUUCUACGCGAACCAAAAGAAAAGGACAGUCCACCGGAGGACCAUGAUUAUGGACACCAGUCUGGAAACUGAUCAGUGAGAGUUUAAGUAAAUCACUUGUUGUUUAGCUAUUUAUACUCAAUAAAAAAUUGGUUUUUUUGUUUUCAA